AUGAGCGCCUCCGAUCUACCGACGAAGGAAGCGAACGUGCUGAAAGGUCACGAGGGCGCCGUUCUGGCCGCGAGGUUCAACGCUGACGGCAACUAUUGCCUGAGCUGCGGGAAGGACCGAACCAUCCGCCUCUGGAAUCCCCACCGCGGCAUCCACAUCAAGACCUACAAAUCCCACGGCCGGGAAGUCCGCGACGUUCACGUCACGCCGGAUAAUUCCAAGCUGAUUUCUUGCGGCGGCGAUCGGCAGGUGUUCUAUUGGGAUGUAUCCACCGGUAGAGUGAUCAGAAAGUUCCGUGGGCACGAAAGCGAGGUGAAUGCUGUGAAGUUCAGUGAGUAUUCAUCUGUGGCGGUAUCAGCUGGAUAUGAUCAAUCCUUGCGCACGUGGGAUUGCCGGUCUCAUAAUACUGAGCCGAUUCAGAUCAUUGACACGUUCGCCGAUAGUGUUAUGUCGGUUUGCUUGACGAAAACCGAGAUCAUUGCUGGGAGUGUCGAUGGUACGGUUAGAACGUUUGACAUUCGAGUUGGGAGAGAAAUUUCGGACAAUUUGGGGCAACCUGUUAACUGUAUAUCUUUGUCAAAUGAUGGUAACUGCAUAUUAGCUAGUUGCUUGGAUUCCACCUUGCGCCUUUUGGACAGAACGACGGGCGAGCUCUUGCAAGAAUAUAAAGGGCAUACUUGUCGAUCUUUCAAGUUAGACUGCUGCCUUACAAAUACGGAUGCCCACAUAACUGGUGGAUCGGAGGAUGGGUAUAUAUAUUUCUGGGAUCUUGUGGAUGCGACUGUGGUUUCAAGGUUCAGAGCACAUGCUUCAGUGGUAACAAGUGUGAGUUACCAUCCAAAGGACAGUUGCAUGGUGACUGCAUCCGUGGACAGCACAAUCCGUGUAUGGAAGACCUGA